AUGGUAAAUGAAAAUGAAGACGGUUGGCUAAAGACCUCUGAUAACGAUAAUAACAAAAGUGAAAUUCCUGCCAAUAAUGAUUUAUUAAAAGAAUGUGAAGAAGAAGCUGAAAAAGUUUUUAGAUUUUCUGCUAUUAAAUAUAUUACGGAAAAUUUCGAUGAAUUUGAUUUAUCUUCAACGUACAAAAUACCUCCAAUAAAUGAUGAUAUCGAAAGUUUAUACAAGGAUCUUUUAUUUUAUUCACCAAUUUCAUACGAAAUUCGGCUGCUGCGAAAUAUUGAAAACGAUGAAAUUACUGGCUUCGAAGAAGUUUAUGAUAAUUUUGCAGAAUAUGGUGAUGCGAGAGUUUCGAUGUCACUUAAUAGGUUACCUGAUGCAAAAGCAUUGUCCAGCAUUAUGGGUUCAUCAACUAAUGUGCCUUUUAUGCCAGGUGGAUUCGAUGAAAGUUUAGAUAGCAUUCUCCAGUUAAGUGAUUUAACUCUUGAACCAGAUUCGGAUGAAAGUCAAUUUAUCAAUUUCGAAAAGCUUAAAAAUUCCGAAUUAUUAUCGCUAGCUCCCGGUAUUUCAUGUGAUGUUGAUCAAAGUAAUUUGGAGAAUGACUUAUCGAAUCAAUCUUCUACCACUUUUAAAGCAGAUAAUUCAAGAAGCAUUGAUAUAGAUUUGGGCAUACCAACGAUUGACUUAGACAAUGCAGAUUUAUUUGAUCUUAUGAAUUUUUCCGAUGUUGGUGAUUCCAUUGUUGCACAAUCUUCUAUUCAUUCAAAAAACGACGAGUCUAUAGAUAUUGAAACUGAUGUUGUUCAUAAUAAUUUAAAAGUGCAAGAAUUGGAAACGCAAGAACUCAGUAAUAGUCUAAAGGAUCUUGAAACAACAGAAAUUGUCGAAAAUACGGGAAUCAAACGGAUCUCUUCUAAAACGAUGAAACAAUUUCAAGAGAGCGAAGAAAAAUUUUUAUAUGCCAAACUACUUGCAUCUAGUGGAAACAUUCCUGAAUUUGAGAAAUUAAAAGCAAAUAUGGCGAGAGAGUAUCCUUUCGAUUUGGACCCUUUUCAACAGCAAGCAUUGAUUUGCUUGGAGCGUGGUGAUUCUGUUUUCGUUGCCGCACACACUUCAGCAGGUAAAACGGUUAUUGCUGAAUAUGCUAUAGCGCUUUGUCAUUUGCAUAAAACGAGAGCUAUUUAUACUUCACCAAUAAAAGCGCUUUCAAAUCAGAAAUUUCGUGACCUUAAAUCAAUUUUCGAUGAUGUUGGAUUAAUAACGGGUGAUAUUCAGUUGCAUCCAGAAGCUUUUGCUAUCGUUAUGACGACUGAAGUGCUGAGGUUAAUGCUAUACCAUGGUUCUGAAGUGAUUCGUGAAUUAGAAUGGGUAGUCUUCGAUGAAGUUCAUUAUAUCAAUGAUUCAGAACGAGGUCAUGUCUGGGAAGAAGUUCUUAUUAUGUUACCUGCCCACGUUAAGAUUGUAAUGCUAAGUGCAACUGCUCCCAAUUGCAUUGAAUUUGCUGAUUGGGUUGGACGAAUAAAGAAUCGCAAAAUCUAUGUCAUUUUAACGAGUCGUCGGCCAAUACCACUUGAGCAUUAUUUGUAUACUGGACAAGACGGAAAAACGAGGAAGGACCUUUUCAUGCUCGUUGAUCGCACUGGUCAAUUGUUAAAUAAAGGAUAUUAUAAAGCGAUGGAAGUCAAGUCAAAACUCCGGAAACAAACAUCUGGUCCAUUAAAUUUUCGUCCUAAUAGUAAAAAUGAUAAAAAUAUUUAUAUCAAUCUUAUAAGUCACCUGAAUUCAGAGAAUCUUUUGCCUGCGGUUAUUUUCGUUUUUUCCCGCCAAAGAUGUGAUGAAUAUGCCUCAUUGUUGCAAUCAGUUGAUUUGACCACUGCGAAAGAAAAGGAUGAAAUUCAUCAUUUUUUUACACGAUGCAUUUCCCAUCUCAAAGGUUCUAACAAAAAGUUGCCUCAGGUUUUGUUUUCAACAGAAACCUUUGCAAUGGGAGUAAAUAUGCCUGCACGUACUGUGGUAUUUGACAGCAUUAAAAAGAACGAUGGACAGCAGUGGCGGUUUCUGAAUCCUGGUGAAUAUAUACAAAUGGCUGGAAGAGCAGGCCGUCGUGGUUUGGAUACAACUGGUACAGUAAUUGUUCUUUGCAAAGAGCCAAUACUUCCAGAACUCAGUGAGCUCGAUUAUCUGAUGCUGGGAAAGCCAGUACAAUUGAGAUCGCAAUUUCGUAUUACAUAUAAUAUGUUGCUUAAUUUACUGAGGGUCGAACAUUUAAAGAUUGAAGAUAUGUUGCAUAGAUCUUAUAUAGAGAGCGCUUCGUUGCGGCAAGCGUUGUUUAGGAGAUCUCUGCUGAAUGAAAUGCAAGAAAAAUUGCGAUCUUUUCCUCCAAUUGAUUGUACAUUAUGUGCUAAUGGUGAUAGUGAAUUUGCCUCAUCACUUUUUUCAUUUCACAAAUUUUUGCGUGAAUUCGUUAAAAGACGUUCGUCUUUGUGGGUGGAUCUUUCGAAUCAUUUAGUUACUAAUAAAAUACUCUCUUGUGGACGAUUGAUAAUGGUUUCGCUACCGGAUAGGAAUAUUUCGGCUACAUUUGCAAUAGUUCUAAAGGUCACAGUUGAGCAAAAUGCGUGGCGCAUGGAAUUACUAAUUCCAUCCAGUGGUGAUCGUGCGCUUGAAAUCACUGAAAAAAAGAUAAUUGAUGAAUUCAAUCGAAUGUCAGAUAAGGAAAAAGAAUGGAAGAUACUUACAGCUUUGAUGGAAUCUGCUGUUACAGGUAAUUUGGAGUCAUUUAAUUGGCCACAAAAUAAUGACUGGUCGACAUGCCGCAUUAUCAAUUGUAUACCAAUCCGUUAUCUUAUUGCUAUUAGUCAAACAACCAUAAAACUUGAUGUUAAUGCCAUAGUCGAUGCAUAUCGAACUACAAAUCAACAGAAUUUUAGAACAGAUAUAUCUGAUUGUGUUCUUGCGAGAGUAUUUCAUCAAAUGGAAAAUCUUGUAAGAAAGAUAACAAGCGAUAAGAAAUGCAAGAUUAUAUUGCCAGGUCGUGAAAUUCAAGUCGGAGAACCUACUUUAUUCUCAGAAGUACUUCGGCUCAAUGAACUUCGAGCUAUUUUAUCCACCGAAAAUCGUUUCUCGUGCUGUCGUUGUUUUUCUUUCCAUAAACACCUAUGGAUGUUGCAUGAAAAAAUCAAAUUGGAGGAAGAAAUCGAAGAGUUAUCAUUAUCUCUUUCCAGCAGUGGUCUAUCUUUGUCGCAAGAUUAUUUAGACAGACUAAAGGUUUUGCGACAACUUCAAUAUAUAGACAGUUCAAAUUUGAUCACCAUGAAAGGCCGAGUUGCUUGUGAAUUACAUCAUCAGGAAAUUAUUAUAACGGAAUUGAUGUUAGAUAACAAAUUGCAAAAUCGUACUCCUGCCGAAAUUGCAGCUAUAUUAUCUACUACCACUAGCACUCAGCAAAAGAAAAUUAAUGAUGCAAGAGUUGAUAAUGAACAAUCGGAAAAUGCAUAUAAUUUACCAGUAUUUAAUGAACUGAAAAGCGAUGUAACUUUGGUCGCUGAGCGAUUGGCUCAUGUACAGCGAGAAUGUGGCUUACGUUGUGUCGACCCAAUUGAAGAACUUAACUUUGAUUUGAUGCAUGUGGUUUACGAAUGGUCAAAUGGAACUCCAUUUGCAAAGAUAAUGGAAAUAACAGAUUAUCAAGAAGGUAUUAUUGUUCGAUGCAUUCAGCGCUUGGAUGAAAUAUGUAAAGAAGUCCGUAGUGCUGCUCGUCUCGUUGGAGAUCCAUCGUUAUUCGAAAUGAUGGGAGUUGUUUCACAGUCAAUAAGGCGCGAUAUUGUUUUUGCUGCUAGUCUAUAUACAGUUUCCGUUUGA